GCUGUGCCUAAAAUUUACCACAUUGAUCUUCACGAGGAUUGAGAUUAGGAGUCUCGUGAUGAACAUGGCACAAUGGCACAAUCCUGUCAAUACGACCUAGCGCGUAUGCAAGUUUCGGGAGCGAAUUGCGGCGUCGUGUACCUAGGUAACGCGGGGGAGGGGCAGGACGACUGGAGACCGGCUGGGUUCCGUCUUCCUUGAAUGAAACUGUCUUCUCAAAGACCCAAUACUAGGUAACUUGGAUGUCGGAGUGUCCUUGCGUCUCAAUUGAAUCUUCGUACCAUCGAUUUCUCCCUUGCUCAACUUUCCCCAUAUUAGGUGACGAUCGUCACUCCCUUUGGUCACACUUCAGGAGCAAACAAGCAGCAAACAAACCUUCCAUUCUCUCAUAACAAGUCAUCAUCCCUCGAAAUACCUUACAUCGGCUUCAGACAUGGCAGGAGGGAAAUCUGCCCUCAUCUUUGGCGCCUCGGGCGUUACGGGAUGGGCCUUCGUGAAUGAGAUAUUGAACGACUACCCCAAAAAGGGCGUCUGGACGAAAGUGCACGCCUUGACAAACCGACCACUAUCACUGGAAGACUCCAAAUGGCCGAAAGACUCGAGGCUGAAUAUCGUCAGCGGGAUUGACUUGCUCAAGGGAAGCCAAGAAGAGCUAGAAGCAGCGAUGAAAGAGAAGACUGAUGGGAUCGAAGAGGUCACACAUGUGUACUACCUAGCGUACAAGGCGAACAAGGACCUGCAGCAAGAGCUAGAAGACGCGGUAGACAUGUUCAAGAGGAGUACGAUAGCGGUAGAUCACUUGAGUCCCAAGCUCGAGUUCGUGGUAUUGCAGACCGGAGCGAAGAUGUAUGGCUGCCACCUCCUCUCCGCCCAUCCCACGGACUACAUCCACGUCCCCCUAGCCGAAUCCCUCCCGCGCCUCAAGCCCCCCUACCACGACGCCCUCUUCUACCACCCCCAGCUCGACUGGCUGACCGCCUACGCCAAAAACAAGCGCUGGAACUGGUGCGACACGCGCCCGGACAUCAUCAUCGGCUUCGUGCCCAACCAGAACUUCUACUCCCUCGGCACGGUCCUCGGCAUCUACCUCUCGCUGUACCGCGCCGUGGAAGGCGAGGGCGCGGACUGUCCCUUCCCCGGCACAGACGCCAGCUGGGCCGCAAAAAGCAACGAUUCUAGCUCCGAUAUGAUUGCUAGACAAACGCUGCAUCUGUCCCUCACCCUGCCAAAGGAGAGCAAAGGGGAGGGGUACAACGUCGCCGACGCCAAAUCCCCCGAGACGUGGAGCUCGAAAUGGCCACAGCUCUGCGCGUAUUUCGGGCUGAAAGGGACGGCGCCGACUUCAAAGUCACCCGAAGUGCGGCAGUAUAUCAAAGAGCACAUGAAGCAAUGGAGCGAGCUGGAGGCGAAGCAUGGGCUGCAGAAGGGCCAUGCGGACUCGGAGAGGACGUUUCAGGGGUUCGAGUAUUUCUUGCUGACGCAGUUUGAUUUCGAUAGGCAGUAUGAUAUGACGAAGAUGUAUGGGACGGGGUUUGAGGAGGAGAGGAGCGUGAUGGGGGCGUGGGGGCCGGUGUUUGAAAGGAUGAAGGCCGCGAAGAUUAUACCGUGAGUGUGGGAGGUUAGGGGAGUAGAUGAGGCUUUAAGGGAAUUCGAAGAUUUUACUCUUUCCUCUC